GCCGCAGUAGUAAGACGUGUGGUGUAUUGUUAUUUUUCGUGUCGCGAUUAUAUGUAACGACGAUGGAUGUCCUACCGAGCGGUAACCUGUUCCGCGAACUGCAGGACGUGACCGACACGGGAUACUUUGAGUGGAAAUCCCUCGAGGAUUAUUGGGAACAGUCAAUGUACGAAAUGGAACGUUACCUCCGCGAGGAGCCUCGGGGAAAACGCGCUGCACUUUACCAAGACGCAGAAGACUGGGCAGUUUCGACUACCUCUCUUCCUCUGACCCCGUCGCCGUCGCCAGCCUCCCCCUUAUCACCCAUCUCUCCGGGACUCUUCACUGUGUCCGCAGUCAAAACAGAGCCUCUGAGUGACUCGGACGAGCCGAGAGAUGAGCCUCCCAGUCCUGCCCCUGCGCGUAGGCACCCCCCACGUCACAACUCCCACGCUCAUGGGACCGAUCCACGCAGGCGCGUCCACCGCUGCGAGUUUCCAGCUUGCGACAAGGUUUAUACAAAGAGUUCGCAUCUGAAGGCCCAUAAAAGGACGCAUACAGGCGAGAAGCCGUACAAGUGCUCCUGGGAAGGUUGCGAAUGGCGGUUCGCACGCUCAGACGAACUGACCAGGCAUUACCGUAAGCACACGGGCGCGAAACCUUUCCGCUGUCACCAGUGCGAGCGAUGCUUCUCUCGCUCGGACCAUUUAGCGCUGCACGCCAAGCGACACGCGUAGCCCGAGGCGAAGAAAUCCACUCCCAAAAAGCGAACCAGCAGAAGCAAGCGGCAUCCGAAACUGGUAUCACUCCUGACGGCUGGGUUUGCAAAAUAAAUUAUUGGGUUGGAUGGUACAAAUCGCAAGCCAAAGAAACGUCGCUACAUCGUAGUUGAGUCAGCUUUACUUUAAGGUUUUAUUAAAGUUUAAUCUCUUCCGGCCUUCUGUUUUGGUUUGUUUGAUUGUAUGUAGCUUGAUAAGUUUGUCAAAAGGCUCUUUAACGAUGGACGAUGUGUUCUUUUAUAAGAUAUCACUGACAAAGGAAUACAUUAAUUUGUCUCUAACAUUAAAUGAAAUGUACACGAAAUUUUUAUCAUUCGAUCUGCAUGUUAGUUAGCUUAGUAAGUCCUUUGAUAGGUCUUGAUAGAUUAUUGCUUCCAAAAACAUCAAAAUAUUAAUUCGUUUUUUUUAUUGAAUUCGGGGAUGCGAUUUGACUUAAUAUUUAGUUUAUAUAAUGAAUGUUAAAGAGCCGAAUUGAUAAUUGUGCCAUCAUUAGAAAAACGCGUGGACACAUAAAAUAUAAUACUGCAUUUGAGAUAUUUUUUUCUAACAAAUUUCUCUAGUUUAAAUUGAAUGUUUAGAUGUAGACGUUAUUAGAUGGCUCUGUUAUAAGUGACGUGCUUCCACGCGUUUUUUGCAUUUCGAUACGUGACAUUAUUUAUUGGAUCGGGAUGUUGGGCAAAUGAUCCCACCGAUGCCGGCGCCCUGCACAACAUUAAUCUUAAGUUAGCAAGUGCGUCACGUUACCUGAUUAUCUUAAUAACCCCAAGUGUAGGUCAUUCGAUAAAUAUUCAGCUUAAUUCAACUUAAAUAUCUCAUAGCUCAGUCACGUUUCUAUAUCUCUGCAAUGAGACUUCACACGCCUGUGCAGUUGACGUUUUUCACAAGCACCGUUCCUGGACUUAACAGGUUCUCUUCAGUGGCGCAUCAGCUGAACAUCUAACACUUGGGGUACGAUUCCUGAUAGGAAAUGUUAUGCGUAUUUAAGUUUAUUUAGUUGUAAGAUAAUAAUAUAUUGCAUAUUAAAGUUUCUCAUUCCGUUUUGUAUUCUUUAGUAUUAAAUAGUUGAUUAACAGCAUAUUACUUUUUGACAGUUGUAACAAUAUUUGGCAUUUUUUUUCUAAACAAGCCUGUAAGGGUGUUGAUAGUGUAAUGAUUAUAUACAUAUUUAUAGGACAUUCAUAAGAAUUAAUAUUGAUUAUAUGAUAAAAUGUAAUCAGACUGUUUCGAAUAUAUAUUCAUUGCUGUCGAUAACAAAACUCAGGUAAACCUAUGUUAAAGAGAUUUUAGUUUAUUUGUGUAUGCACAAAAGAGCUAGUACUCUGUCUAAUAUAUGAUGAGUAUUGAAUCUUCUUCUUCUUUUGUCGCCUCUUUAUAACUGCUGGCUGUCCUUAUUCGUGUCCGUGAAAUUUAAUUAAUUGAUUAACAUAUUAUAUUCAUAAUAUUCAUAAAUAAUUCAAGUUUCCUACGUGCAUCAUAUGCAGUAUAUAAUAGUUUAAAUCGACUAAAAAUAGAAACGACUGGCUCGUAACUGCCGUAUAUAGCGUCUAAGUAUUUCUACCGUUGGGUGAACGUAUAAUUAUUUCAAAGUACUGAGUGUUUAAUAAGGCUAUAAAUCUGGGGCCAACGAUAUUAUUACUCUCAUUGUAUGUCGGAAUUUAAUUGGAAAUCCAAAAAAAGUUUCAAUCCAGCGAAAUAUUUAUUAAAGCUUUCAAUAAUGAGGCACCACAACCUACGGGUUAGUACAAUUAGGUGUACAUUUUGUGACGUAAUAAAUUUGACACCAGAUUUUUCGACCAAAUUAAGACUUCUUUUUAAACUCAUACUGAUCAUAAUCCAUUAGGAUCGUCUCAAUAAACGGAUGAUACGUCCAAAACUUGCUUAUGUAAUUUUUGUAAACAAAAUAUCUCGUUUAUUCCGUCUAAAUAUAUUAAUGGGUGUAAUUAGAUCAAGAAUCUACUGCUAUUAUGGUUCGAAAUUAAAAUUCAUAAAAAAACUAACUUGCUGAAAACAACAAAAAAAUUUACUUCCGGUUGGAAAUUCCGAACAAAAAUUGAGUUUCGUAAAAACUUUAUUUACACCCGGUAAACAGGUAUCCCAGUAUUUUAUAUCUAAAUUUUUCUGGUGUAAUUUUCUAUAGUGUCCGGAAUUAAUUUACCACAACCAACAAAAUUAUAGACAAAAUUUAAAUUAUCAUUAAACUAACGUACAUCGUUCACACAACGUAAACUUAUACAUAUAUACUCUUAAAUACUUCGCUUUAAAUUAAUUAAUAUUAAAAUUUUGGAAAUUUUUAAAUAAAGAAAAAGUAUUAUUUCUUUUUGAGACUAACGUUUUAGUGGUUAAUCUGUCUGCUCGCCCUGUGACGUCAACUGCGCUAGACCUUUGCUAAAGAUUGCCAAAAUUUAUAAAUAAUGCACGAUAGCUUGAUCGUGACGUCAUAGUUGGCGGUGGGCGUUAACAAAACUUUCUUUUACUAAGAAAAUAUAUCGAACGAAAUUUUUUAAGUACCUAUAAGCGAUCUAUAAAAUGUGAUUCAUAGUUAGUUAUAAUGAAUGUGGGAAAUUGGUGUUUGGGUAUGUGUAAUAUGCUUAUACUGUCUUAGGUAUGAUUAGGCUAUUUAUUUAUGUAUGGCUGGAUCGCGUAGCACGAGUAGAAAAAUAUAUAAUACUAUAUCUAAAAUUUAAUAUUGACGUUGUGGUAUAUAAAAUUUUUGGUAAUGAUAUAACGCGGCUGUGUGUUUUUGAAUCAACUUUAGAUAGGUUUAAAGUAUGGACCUACUGAAGGUUGGAAGCGAGAGAUUUUUCGUAUCUUUUCUAUGUAGGCUUCGUCACAAUUGAUAUUUAAAAAGUAUUUUUAUUAUGUAAUAUAAGCUUUACUUUUUAUAAUUUUCUGAUAUUUGUAUAUGUUUAGUAUAGAUUACCAGUUCAAAUACAAAUUUACUUUACCAAUUAUUUAACCCACGAUAAAUAGGAAAAAUUGGAAAGUUAAAAUGGAGACACCAUUCCUAAACGAUGGAUACAGCAAGGUUCCGAUGUUUUUUUAUAUUUAUAAAAUUAAUUCGUAUCUUCGGUAAUUUAUCAUUUCUACAUAACAUUCCAAUGCUUCUUCGGUGGGUUGAUACAUAUCAUUGUUAUGUAAACUAAAACGCUGAUCGACAUAACUAUUUACAUUGUGUUUAUGUACGUAGAAUAUACUUACUGUGCUAACCUCGCCUUAAUAGCGAGGUCCUAAUUCCUCAAUGUCUUAAGAUAAUUGUUUCAAUACCCGCUGUAUAUUUUUGCGACUUAAUUCGAGUACGCGUUUUGUCGUUAUGUCAAACUAUCGCACUGCGUGACCACUCGGUCGAGAAUGUACAGUGAGGAAUGCAUUUCGUUAUUGUUGAAGUUUGUUAGAAGGGACGCUUGUUAGUACCUGUGACUUGUAGCUAAUGUGUUCUAGCAUUCGUAAUGCAUAAUAAUUAAAAUAUUAUAAUGGUGCGCUUUUUUUGCAAUAUUAGCUUGUUUUAGUGUUGUUUAAAUAUAUUUAUAGAAUGGAGACGACACAAUGGUUAGGAUUAUUACACCAUAACGUCAAACCAUUACUAAUUUCUAAGACAAUUUCGGUAGAACAAUUUAGUGUGUUGAUUCCUGACAGUAAUGAAAAUUUACAUUUUUGUUGAUCAAUAAAUGACAAGUAUUUUUCGUCCGUUGGGUGUGUCUCCAUUAUUGUUAAGUAUGUUGCAAUUUAUUAAAUGUCGAUUUUUGUUUUACAGUUACACAACCAAAUUUUAUACUUAACUGUAGUUUAAUACAUUUAAUCUCAUUAAAUUUUAUAUAAUCAUAUGUAAAUGUAAAAUUGUUGUACCUAGUUAAGAGAACAAUGGUAUAUUGUAAUUUCCUCGAAACUUUAAAACCAUAGACACUUGUGGUCAGCGAUAUUUCUUGAAAAUAAUAAUUAGUCGAACGUCUAACAAACAAUCAAAGUUUAACAGAAUAGUAAUAAUGCAUGUCUGACGUGUUUGUGGACCUUUCUACUUAAUACGAAUGCAAGACGAUGCGGAUUUUUCGAUUAGCAUUUUAGCUAAUUAGGC